GCCCGUGCGCGCGCAGGGGAGAGGCCAGCCCCGGCGGCCGUUGUGGGUUUCGUCUGGAGGGGCGGGAGGGUCACCUGAGUCCGGAUCGCGCCGGCUGCGCGGGGCCGCUGGCUGCACACCCUGGGAGGCUGGGGCGGAGGAGCGAGCAGAGUCUGCGCCCGGCGCCCGGGACGAGGAGGAGUUGGACCUUCUCUGCAGCCGCCUUCUGCGCCCUGCCGGGCUAUUAGCAAAAGAUGGUGGAUCGCUUGGCAAACAGUGAAGCAAAUACUAGACGUAUAAAUAUAGUAGAAAACUGUUUUGGAGCAGCUGGCCAACCCUUAACUAUACCUGGACGGGUUCUUAUUGGAGAAGGAGUAUUGACUAAGUUGUGCAGAAAAAAGCCUAAAGCAAGGCAGUUUUUCUUAUUUAAUGAUAUUCUUGUAUAUGGCAAUAUUGUCAUCCAGAAGAAAAAAUAUAACAAACAACAUAUUAUUCCCCUGGAAAAUGUCACAAUUGAUUCUAUCAAAGAUGAGGGAGACUUGAGGAAUGGAUGGCUGAUCAAGACACCAACUAAAUCGUUUGCAGUUUAUGCUGCCACUGCCACUGAGAAAUCAGAAUGGAUGAAUCACAUAAAUAAAUGUGUUACUGAUUUACUCUCCAAAAGUGGGAAGACACCCAGUAAUGAACAUGCUGCUGUCUGGGUUCCUGACUCUGAGGCAACUGUAUGUAUGCGUUGUCAGAAAGCAAAAUUCACACCUGUUAAUCGUCGUCACCACUGCCGCAAAUGUGGUUUUGUUGUCUGUGGGCCCUGCUCUGAAAAGAGAUUUCUUCUUCCCAGCCAGUCCUCUAAGCCUGUGAGGAUUUGUGACUUCUGCUAUGACCUGCUUUCUGCUGGGGACAUGGCCACGUGCCAGCCUACUAGAUCAGACUCUUAUAGUCAGUCAUUGAAGCCUCCUUUAAAUGAUGUAUCUGACGAUGACGACGAUGAUGAUAGCAGUGACUAAAGGCAUAUUUUGAAAUAUUUAAUCGGAUGUGACUAUCUGAGAAAUCAGCUCUGGGGGGAAUGUAAAAUCCUGAGCUUUCUGUCAGUUUUGCUCUAGCCAUGAAUUUGCCUGAGAAACUUACAACCUAUGUGCCUCAGUAUAUUCUAUAGAAAAUAGGUCCUGUCACCAUCCCCCAGCCCCAACUGCUGCUGCCGCUCUCUCCUCACCUCCCCCAGCUCCCUAUUCUUCUACAGGGAUAGACUGUUGCAAAUAUAUCAGAUAAAGUUUUGGUUUCUUAUUCUUGUUUUAAUUCUAGACUGUUUUCUUGAAUGGUUGGGAAAAGAUGUUUAUUUAACAUAUGUACUACACUGUUGUUUAUUACAUGUUCUGUUAUAUGGAAAAACUAAAAACAAAGAAUGAUGGAGAAAAGAGUGUGAUGUGGUCAGUUAAUAACGUUAUUAGCUUUUUCUAACCAUCCUAUCUAAAGGUUAAGACACCAGUAACAGAAAUACAUGCUUUGGAAAUACUUUGUUUGGCUUUUUCAUGUACCAGGUGGUGCCUUAUCAUAAUAGCACUGUGGCAUGUAAUAAGCCCCUACCUUCUCACUUUUUAGUUUGUUUUAAAAAUACACUGGUGCUCUUUGAGGUGUAAAAUGAAUGUUAUAAAUGGGUGUAAUUAGAAAAUACUUCUCAUUUGACAGCUACAAAUAACUAAAUUUAGAGGUUCUUUAUUCUAUAUGAAUAAUAUUUUUCCAUAAAAUAGUUGUGAUUACUGUAUAUUUUUA